AUUUUCUCCAGUCUCUAUGGAGGAACAGUUCCCAAGUACUAGUAUUUUUUUGAAUUUGAAUACAGUAAUAAGAGUGUAAAAUAAGCUAGUAGUAUAUUUUUUGAAAUGGAACUUUGAAUUAAAAUGAAGCAUUGAAUUAAAUUUCAACAUUUAUUACAAUCUGACACAAAAAACAAUUUAAAAAGCACAGUUAAAUCAAACUCAAAGCUCAGUCUCAAAAAAUCAAUUGUUGUUACUUGUAUAUUCCGUCGCACGUUCAUCGUGUUCCCCCCAAUUCAUUUUCCCUCUUCAAAAAAAACUCUUUUGGGUUUCUUUUUGUUUUGGUACAAACUUUUUUGGGUUUCUUCCGUGGCGGGAAAUUUUUCAUGGGCCGCCGGAGCUCAGUUGCUACGGUGGUCACUACCGGUGUUUCCUCUCCUUCUUCUUCGACGGAAACCAGCUUCCGAGAGCUGGAUGAUGUCUUCUUGCAGACACAAACGAGGAUAUGGUUAGGCGAAGUUCUGAAGAUCAGAUUGGAUGAACAACUCAAUCUUUCUGAUUUGCUUGCUGAUGGGGAGCUGCUGUGAGUUUUCUUUCUCUGUCUCUUUGUUUUCUAUAUACAAAAAAAAUUGGGACUUUGUGGGGGAUUAUAGAUUGAUAAAUUACUUUAUUUCAGUUGGAAUUGAAUGUCUUGUGUAAAGUAGUCUCCUUUUGAAUUUUUCAGCUGUUUCUUUUUGUGUGAAUCUAUCUCCAGCAUAAAGAAAUGAAUAAAAUACAAUGAGCUCAAAAGGGGUCAUGAUGUUUUUUGCAUAAUGAAAAGUAUUGUACAACUGCUGUUGGUAGGGAGGGUUUUAGCCUGUGAAAGGAACCUGCCCGGCUCUAAUCCUCAUUAGAGUGGCGGCUCUGGACACUGGUGUAACAUAUAAAUAAAAAGUAUCUAUGAUCCCUUCAAUCCAACAAGAUUUCUGUUUUCUUCUCUUCUUUUUUUUUUUUUUUUUGUUUUCUUUCCAAAUGAAGUAAUAUUACGACAUUGUUGUCAUGAUUUUUUAUGUGAAAAUAUAAGUUAAAAUAAGGCUGUGAUAGCUUAUUUCAUUUGUGUAGUUGUAAUUAUUUCAAGAAAAGUCUCUCAUCUGGAAGGAAAGGGCUCAUAUUUUGGAACACAUUAAUGAGUGUGGAAGAAUUUCUUCUUGCUUUUUAAACUUUCUAACUCAACAAUUUGGUCAAAGACAUGACGUCUGGAUAUGUAUGGUUGUUCUGUGUUCCUUCUUUUGAUAAAGGAAAAGUGUUCCAAGCUCAUUUCGGUGUUGAGGUGCUCAACUUAAAGUGUCUGUUUCACACAGAAAACAAUGCAAGCUCAGUAUCUCUUAAGUGCAUUACGCAACUAGAACACAGUUCUAAACCCUGGUAACUUGAGAUGCUAAAAUAACAGGGAUGGGAUCCUGGGAGUAGAAGGUAAAAUGAGGACAUCAUAAAAGCAAAAAACAGAUCUUAAUUGACGCUGUCAUAUUCCCUAUUGGUUGCAACGAGUUUGAACUUGGUACAAUAAUGGAAGAAGUUAACAUGGGCAAAUAUGGGAUGAACAAGCUUCGUUCAUUGACAGUUCUAUUUGUUUAGCAGUUGUGUCGCUGCUCGUGCUUGUGUCUGAUUGGAGACAAAUGUGCAUUUCAUACCAUCUUACACCCCAUGAUAGUGAUAUCAAAUUAGAUGUUUGUAUAUUAAGAAAGGAUUUUUAUUUUUAUUUUUUCUUACAUAUUUUCUAGUAUAGCAGGGGGAUAUGAGAUUGAAAAGUACACUUUGGCAGCACUUGAUAGAAUCAAAUCGGUUGUUUGCCAAUUAAGGCCAAUGAAAGGGGAGAUGUUGACGGAGGAGUUGAAUUCCCGUCUGAUUUCAUUCCCACUAAUGGCAAAGACAGUUUUUGAACUUUUCCUUAAGACACGCAUUUUUCCUAUAGCAUCGGUGAAGCUGAUAAAACUUACUAUGGAAGGCGUCAGUUCGCUAUGUAGUGUGUCCAAUAUCUUUUGAGUUGUAAUGUGUAACACGUUGACAACUGCUUAAGCCAUCAAUAUUUUUUAGGCUUUUAUUGGUAGUGUUAAUGUUUGGGUAAUAUUCAGUCAUUCUUGGUUGAAGAUAGAAUUCGGUAUUUUUUAGUGCCAUUUAGCUUUUCUACAUCCGAUACUGGAUCCAUCUGUAAUGAUUUGACAAUGCAAGAGCAAAGCCUUUCAGCUUUUGCAUUUUCUCCGGAUUUUUACAAAAGCACCACAUUUCUUUUUUUAACACUUGAAAGUUGUAUUAAAGUCAACUGAAGACAUAUUGACACCAGAUUCAUCGUCUCAAAACCUUGGAAACUUUAAAAGAACUUUCCUUCAAACAAUUUUCCGUAUUCCUACCAUUGUAACUUCUAUUCAUGCUGAAAAUCUUCUACAUAACUUUGAGUGCCUAAAGUGUCAAUUAUAUUCUUAUGCGUUAAUGAAUAAUGAUGAAAGUUAACUUGUGUCAAGCUACUAACAUUUGUUUAGAUAUAUAGGUUCGAAGUUUCUAAGACUGUAUGGAGUUUAUUGUUGGAGAAGUGCGUGGAGCUUAGAAAAAUAAAAGCUUACCAAAGCCCUCUUGGUUCAAAGAAGAGCAGUGGGAGAUAUAAGCCUUACUCUAAUGUGGACUCAUUUCUUAAGGUACGGUCAAUCUAUAUUAAGUUUUUGAAUGAUAGAGACUGCAAUCAAUUCGUCACUUUAGUUGGCUAAAUAGUCCUUCGAUGUUUGCAGAUUAACUGAAUUUUCAUUCUAAAUUAAAAGUGAAACACUUGGAACAUAAUGUCCAGAUAUUUGUUCACUGGCCUUUGGACCCUUAGAAAGAAAGCUAGACUUUUAGCUUUUCCCUGCGAUCUUUCUUUGAUCACUGAUUGUUUUCCAUAUACUGAAUUAUUUUACAAUGAUGACAAGUGUUUUUGGCUUGUGGUUAUAAUUGAAUCAUCAAAUUGUUCUAUUGUUGUCAACAUUGUCUUUUUGUUUCCCUCUUCUAAACUCUGGAGGUUGUCAAGUAAUUGAUAAAGAACUUAGAAAUGCCAAACCUCUAGAUCUACACUAAAAUAAGUCAUUUUCUUUUCUUUUAUUUUUCUCUAUUUUCAGGUUUGCAAAAUCUUGGGUCUGAAUGGUAUUGAUCUCUUCUCACCAUCAGAUGUUGUUGAGAAAAGAAAUACUAGGAAAGUAUGCAUUUGCAUAAGGGCAAUCUCAAAAAAGGCUCGAUCAAAGCAUUUAUAUGUUCCCGACUUUGAUUCAGUCACUUAUGCAGUGGCCAUGCCAACUGAGAUGGUAGGAUACAUUAGAAGAAGCUUAGAAUCCUCACAGUGCAGUGUUUCAAGUUGUUGUUCUAGUAACAAUUCCUAUAAACAAACAAGUUCCAGAACCCAACAGAGAAAUUUAACUUCAUCGCCAAAUGGAAACUGUGAUUCUUGUUCUGAGGAGUCUGAUGAGGCAGAAAGCACUUAUUUUGGAAUAGAGCCAUCGCCAGAGAAGUCUGAUCAUCCUUCAACUCUAAACUUGGAUUUGGAAAACUUGCCAGAUGCUUUUUCAGCAGUCAAACACUAUACAACAAGCCAAGUUUCAGUGCAAUCUGAUACGCAAAACUACAACAGAAAUGGAAAACCAUGUUUACGACAGCAUUUGAGAAAUGGCCUUCAAAACAAUCCCUUGUCCAUGAAGGCCCAAGGAGAUUUAGACAAUAAGGAUAUGCACACUAAUAAUGACUUAAGAGAUAGGUCUGGAAAUAUCUCUGAACUUGCCGAAGUUGACCUUGUUUUAGGUAAUGAAGAUCCAGAAUUAAGAGAUUACAUCUCUGAUGAUCUAGCUGGGGCCAAUUAUAUUUCCGAUUACUUAGCAUUUUCAGAUUCUGUUAUCUUUGGAAAUAAUGGCAACAUCUUAUUUCCGGGUGGAGAAGACAAUGUCUGUGAUUUCUUUUCGAGUAUUGAUUCUCAUGGACUGGACUCCAUUCAGGCCAAUUCUCCAAAUGGAUUUCAUCAAAGGUCUCUUGAUGACAUGGAAGAUGUAGAGGUAUCAUCAACAGCAAGUAUGAGCUCCAUUUUAGGUCGGGCUCUUAACAUGGAUUUUGAUGAUCAAUAUAAUGGUAGGGAUUCUUCUAUGGUUAACGUGCACAACAUCAUCGAACUACAUGACAAAGAAACUGAUAGUCGAGAGAAAUUUUCUAUCACAGAGGAUCGAAGUCCGGCCUCUCGUCAGCAUGAUGAUGUCUUCUCUCAAUGUUCAACCACAGAAUCAGUUGAAGAAUCUUGUUCUGCUAUACAUUUUGAAACAGAAGGUAAUCACGCAAAGAUCCUUUCCUUUCCUGAGGAAAUUGUGAAACCACACAUAAGGGAAUCUCAAAAGCUUGAUGUAUGUGGUGAUUCGCUAGUUCCAGGGAUUGUCUUCUCUAUGGAGAAUGCAUCUCUGGCAGAAAACCAUAAGUCUUCUAGGGCAUUGGACUUGAAGAAGGUAGUUUCAUGUGUUUCAGAUCUAAGCCCGAACUUUAAUCACGAAAGCAGUAAUGAUACUUCUCUUGAUUCUGUCCAUCAUGAAAUAUGCAUGGAAGGAAAAGUUUCUUGUCAUAAAGGUUCACUUGAGGGAAAUGGGAGUCUCGUUUGCAGCUUAGGAAAUGAGGAUGUAAUACCAGUAAAACUUGCUGGGUGUUUAGAAUCACAUGAACUACAAAAUGGUACAAUAUCCAGCCAUAAUUUUACUUGUCCAGUCAACGAGCAUGACUCGAGAACAGAGAACGCACCAAUUUCCAACAAUGAUAAUGGGAAGAUUGUUACUGGUGGAGGUCAUCAAACAUAUACUGACAACAGUAGAACAGCUCACCAGUCUUCUAUUGGGAAUAAGGAUAUUGGAAAUGGAAUCAAUGUUGGAACUUCAAAUGAGAAAUUUUCAAAUGAAAUAGACGAUAGAUAUGCAAGGCAGGAAAAUCCCCGCAGGAAUUUAUUACUGAACACAGUUGUUACUGGAACAACACUCAUUGGGGCUUUGUUUUUCUUGCUUCAUAUCAGGAAAGGGAAGGAGCGCAUUGAUAAACCACCGGUGUUAAUGAAGGCGCAGCAGUUUGGCGGCACAAAGCCGGCUUCACGAAGAGGGCAAACAAAUAAAUCAACUGGCACUUACCCUGCUGAAAAGCUGAAAUUCGGGAACUAG